AUGGCAUGUAAUAUAUUGCCUGCAGCCACAAAUGUUGAAAGUCUGGUUCAGGUGUUGCUGCACUAUACCACAUUCUCCUGCUUUCACAGUCCAGCUGGUUUAACUACUUAUUUUCAUCCUGGAAUAAACCUGAAGAAAGUCCAUUCUUACAGCAUCAAACUCUAUGAAAAGCUGGAAGAAGAAACUGGACAGGCGGUGGGGUUUCAUCAGCCUGGCAGCAUCAGAAUUGCUUCAACUCCUACUAGAGUGGAUGAAUUCAAAUACCAAAUGACUCGUGCUGGUUGGCACCCAACAGAGCAGUACCUAAUCACACCUGAGAAAGUACAAGAGCUGUUUCCCUUAUUGAACAUGGAUAUGGUUUUAGCUGGCCUAUAUAACCCUGGAGAUGGUCAUAUUGAUCCCUAUUCUCUCACUAUGGCCUUGGCUGCUGGAGCCAGAAAAUACGGUGCCCAGUUAAAUUACCCUGUCCCAGUGACUAAUCUGAACUUCCGAUCAGAUGGGACGUGGGAAGUUGAAACUCCACUUGGAGAAAUUCAAGCAAAGAGAAUUGUGAAUGCUGCAGGCUUCUGGGCCCGUGAUAUAGGCAAGAUGAUUGGCCUGCAGCACCCCCUCGUACCUGUUCAUCAUCAGUAUGUUGUGACAUCAACUAUCCCUGAAGUGAAAGCCCUAAAAACAGAAUUGCCGGUGAUUCGUGACUUACAAGGAUCAUAUUAUCUAAGGCAAGAAAGGGAUGGUCUUUUAUUUGGUCCAUAUGAAAGCAAGGAGAAGAUGAAGCUACAGGACUCAUGGGUAACAAAUGGAGUCCCACCAGGUUUUGGAAAAGAACUUUUUGAGUCUGAUUUAGACAGAAUAAUGGAGUAUGUUGAGGCUGCUAUGGAAAUGGUCCCCGUUCUGAAAAAAGCAGACAUCGUAAACACAGUUGCAGGUCCUAUCACCUAUUCUCCAGACAUUCUUCCUAUGGUGGGACCACAUCAGGGUGUCAGAAAUUACUGGGUGGCUAUUGGUUUCGGGUAUGGCAUUAUACAUGCUGGUGGCAUAGGAAAGUACCUCAGUGACUGGAUCCUUGAGGGGGAACCUCCAUUUGACCUGAUAGAAUUAGAUCCCAACCGCUAUGGAAAGUGGACCACCGUGGAAUACACAGCAGCCAAAGCAAGGGAAUCUUAUGGUUUUAAUAACAUUGUUGGUUACCCUAAAGAAGAAAGAUUUGCUGGGAGACCAACAGAGAGAACCAGUGGGCUGUAUGAUUUGCUGAAGUCAAAAUGUUCUAUGGGCUUUCAUGCAGGAUGGGAGCAACCUCAUUGGUUCUACAAACCUGGAGAUGAGCCUGGAUACAAACCCAGUUUUCGGCGCACAAAUUGGUUUGACCCUGUGGGUCGUGAGUAUAAACAGGUUAUGGAAAAAGUUGGUGUGAUUGACCUGUCACCAUUUGGCAAGUUUAAAGUAAAAGGCACAGAUGCUGUUAAGCUGCUGGAUCAUCUAUUUGCAAAUGUUGUUCCAAAGGUGGGUUCCACAAAUAUAAGCCAUAUGUUAACACCGAGAGGAAAAGUUUAUGCUGAGCUAACAGUCUCUCAACCAUAUCCUGGAGAAUUUAUGCUUGUAACUGGCUCAGGGUCAGAACUCCAUGAUCUGAGAUGGAUAGAAGAGGAAGUAACGAGAGGUAGAUAUGAAGUUGAAAUAGAAAACAUGACAGAUGAGAUGGGAGUACUUGGUGUAGCAGGUCCAUAUGCCCGACAAAUCCUCCAGAAGUUGACAAGUGAGGAUCUGAGUGAUGGUUCAUUUAAGUUUCUCCAGUCUAGACAUUUGAAACUUGCUGGCAUUGCUGUUACUGCCAUUAGGAUAUCGUACACAGGUGAAUUGGGCUGGGAGCUGUAUCAUAGAAAAGAAGAUUCUGUAGCUCUUUACAGUGCAAUCAUGGAAGCUGGCCAAAAAGAGGGAAUUGACAACUUCGGAACAUACGCUCUGAACGCUUUAAGGCUGGAAAAGGGUUUCCGAGCCUGGGGGGCAGAGAUGAACUGUGACACUAAUCCCUUGGAAGCUGGACUAGAAUACUUUGUAAAGCUGAACAAGGUUAUUGGCAACACCACAUCUGGAAGUUUCAGUUACAGUGCUCAGAAGAGUCUGGCUUUUGCAUAUGUUCCCGCAGAACUCAGCAAAGUUGGACAGAAAUUGGAAGUUGAACUUCUAGGAAAAAAUUAUCCAGCAACUGUUAUACAAGAGCCACUGGUACUGACUGAACCAGCGAGAACGCGCCUUCAGAGAAGGGGUGAAAGUCCCAAAAUCCACACAGGUUUACAACACCAGAUAAUUUGGCCAUGCCAGCCCAGCUGUGUGCCACUGGAUGAGAAACUCCUCCCAGAGCUACUUCAGGAGGCGGGAUACGUUACUCACAUGGUGGGGAAGUGGCAUUUAGGGAUGUACAGGAAAGAAUGCCUUCCAACACGCAGAGGAUUUGAUACUUACUUUGGCUAUCUUCUGGGGAGUGAGGAUUAUUAUUCUCAUGACCGUUGCAUCCUCAUCAAAGCAAAGAAUGUAACGCGCUGCGCUCUGGAUUUUCGAGAUGGAGAAGAAGUUGCAGCUGGGUUUAAAAACAUGUACUCUACUAAUUUAUUCACAGAAAGAGCUAUACAUCUUAUAGCCAAUCACAAAACCGACAAGCCUCUCUUUCUCUACCUCGCUUUCCAGUCUGUCCAUGAACCUCUUGAGGUCCCUGAAGAAUACAUGAAACCAUAUUCUUCCAUUAAAGAUGUAAAGAGGCGCCAUUAUGCAGGGAUGGUGACUCUGAUGGAUGAAGCUGUAGGAAACCUUACUGAUGCUCUGAAAAGAUAUGGUCUUUGGGACAACACAGUUCUUGUUUUCUCUACUGAUAAUGGAGGACAGACUUUGGCAGGUGGGAACAACUGGCCACUGAGAGGAAGAAAAUGGACCCUCUGGGAAGGAGGAGUGAGAGGAGUAGGCUUUGUUGCAAGUCCUUUACUGAAACAAAAAGGUGUAGAAAGUCAUGAACUCAUCCAUAUCUCUGACUGGCUGCCAACACUGGUGCACCUUGCUGGAGGACAUACCAAUGGCACUAAGCCUUUGGAUGGCUUUGAUGUUUGGAAAACUAUCAGUGAAGGAAGACGGUCCCCCAGAGUGGAACUGCUGCAUAACAUAGACCCCAUGUUUGUGGAUGACUUCCCAUGUCUUGGCAUUGACAACAGGACAUCUUUACCACAGAGCCAUUCUUUUCUGUGGGAUGAUACACUUUUCAAUAUAUCCAUGCAUGCAGCAAUUCGACGUGGAAAAUGGAAGUUACUAACUGGAUAUCCAGGCUGCAGUCAUUGGUUCCCUCCACCAUCUUUGUUCAAUGAGACAAAGAUUCAAUCAUCUGACCCACCAACAAAGAGAGUCUGGCUAUUUGAUAUUGUUCGUGAUCCUGAAGAGAAAAAUGAUUUAUCUGAAAAAUAUCCUCAUGUGGUGAAAAAACUGCUCUCACGGCUUCAGUAUUAUCAUAAACGUUCAGUGCCUGUGUUCUACCCUGAUGAGGAUCCCCACUGUGAUCCAGAAGUAACUGGGGCUUGGGGUCCUUGGGCAUAG